CCUUACAUUUUGCUUUACUUCUGAACUUCAUUAUUUUGCUACCAGAAGUCCUUACUUCUGUCUCACUUUUUUCUAAUGGAAGCUAUCUCAGCACUUAUUUUACUUACCGUUUUCACCAGUGCCUGCUGGAACCCGGUUGUUUUCGGGGCGGAUGAUGCUAGUAAUGAUGUAAAUUCAGCACUUUGUGGGGUUGAUCUUAGGCCAUUUCUUCCUCUUCCCUACAAUACUUUACCAAACAUCGUCUGCAAACCUCUAUGGAAUUCAUUUUUUCUUCGAUACUCCAGGACUGCAGAUAACAUCUUCACCAUUGUACUAUCUGCUCCAUACACUACUGGAUGGGUUGGUAUGGGACUUUCGAAAGACGGGAUGAUGCUUAAUUCCAGUGCAAUGGUUGGAUGGAUCAAUGAAAAUGGUCUUGCAAGAAUUAAGCAAUACUAUCUAGCCGGUUUCACGCCUUCACAGGUUAAGCCGGAUAAAGGCGAAUUGCCACUCACCAGUGUUCCACCAUUUGUUACAGUUUAUGGAGCAACAAUAUACUUGGCAUUUCAGUUGAAUGCUCCAGUCUCAUCUCUCACAAGCCAGGCAAUAUUACUGGCUUAUUCGACUAGGUAUCCGAAUCAUCACCGUCUAACUCCUCAUAAUGACAAAACUACUAUACGUUUCGACUUUGCAGCAGGUAAUGUAGGCUCGGUGUCUUCCUCGGGGGCACGUGGAGCUAGUGACAUCUUUCGGACAAUAAGGACACAUGGCAUAUUAGGGUUACUUGGAUGGGGACUGAUUCUUCCUGUAGGCGCCAUUGUUGCCAGACACCUUAAGCACCGGGAUCCAUUGUGGUAUGAACUUCACGUAGCUAUCCAAUUCAUCGGAUUCAUCAUAGGGGUUGCUGCAGUGGCUGUUGGAAGGUCACUAUAUGAUAGAAUCCACGCGAACUCACCUACACACAGAGGCAUCGGAAUAUUUGUCCUUGUGCUCAGUAUCCUCCAGGUAUUGGCAUUCUUUCUUAGACCUGACAAGGACAGCAAGAACCGCAGAAUCUGGAAUUUGUACCACCAGUGGUUUGGUCGGAUCGCGCUUUUCUUUGGAGCACUAAAUAUCGUUCUGGGAAUCCAAUAUGCAAAUGCAGGGAACGAGUGGAGGCUUGGUUAUGGAUUUCUGCUAGCCAUAAUUUUACUUACUUGCAUUGUACUAGAGGCUUUACUGAAGCUAAGAAAGGCUAAAGAGGCACAUUCCCCUCCAGACUUCCAGAUGAACUCAUUAUAAUGAUCAGUGACAGAUACUAGGAUCGGAGAUGUUUUCUUCUCUCCUUUUUUAAA